CAAUUAGUACAAGAGGGUCGGGCCGCAUGGAAAGACAAGUGCGCACUGAGUUGAAACAGAAAAGGAACUUUGAAGUGAUGAGGUUACGAGUAAGGUACUGACUACUGUUAGUGUGAUUGAAGAAAGAGAAUUGUGUGAUCCAUCUUUCCAUUUAACUAACUUUCUGUUGUGUCAUUUUGCCUAUUCGUGGCUAUGUGGAAGUAUGGCUUGUUGGUGCUCUUGGGCGCAGUGUUUGUGCGCGCGCAGUUUCCGAGGGAAUGUGUGACUCCAGAGGUACUUCGGAGUGGUCAGUGUUGUCCAUCCCCGUUUGGGGUCGCAAAUGACGACUGUGGGUCCGCAACUGGACGUGGACAGUGCAUUUCGAUAGCGGCAGACGCAAGUGCACACGGCCCCCAGUACCCCCACGAUGGACGGGAUGACCGUGAACGUUGGCCCAUCCGCUACUUCAAUCGAACCUGCCAGUGCAACGGGAAUUUCACCGGUUAUAAUUGUGGCCGUUGUAGGCAUGGAUUGGCCGGUUUAAACUGUGACCAACUGGUUGCUGUUGGUACGUUGUUGUUUUUUAUCACCCUGGAAAACAAAUAACCAAAUGUCGCAGUUUCCAUUACAAAAUGAUUUGAUGUUUUUACGCAAUUGAAACAGCAUAGGGUUAAUCAUCUCAAAUAUGUGUCUCAUUUUAGUGGAGUGGUAAAUCUCACACUUAAACCAAUUUAACUAUGAUCAACAGUCCAUAUAUCAGUUGAACAAAAUAAGUAAAUUAUAGUCUACCACAAGCAACCUCUAUACAAGGCACCGCCACACCGUACUUUACGCACGGCUGUUCAACUGGUUGAAAGCCACAUAUCUGCACAGAUUAUGGAAAGCAUACAACACUUUAAAAAUGACAAGGACACGAAUGUCCAUGGAUUACAUAUAGUUGCAUUUAAUGUACGAUAUAAUUACAUGUUUGUCUCGAAUUCAGGCAAUGGUGUAGGCCUAUGCAUAAAGGUUAACGGUACUCUGGAUAGGCUGCCUGCCCUAUCUAUACCCAAUGGGCACAGACGUCAAUUCAAAGUCCAUUCCACGUUGGUUCAACGUAAUUUCAUUGGAAUUACGUGGAAACAACGUUGAUUCAACCAGUGUGUGCCCAGUGGGUAAUUUCUCAAUUUCUUCCCACAAAAGAAUGUGCUCAUUAACGCAUGACUGGUUUUAAUCCUUCAGUCCGGAGAAACGUGAUGCAGCUCAGUGUGGAUCAGAAGCGAGCUUUCGUGACCGCGCUGGACCAGGCCAAGAGCACCGUGCACCCGGACAUUGUAAUCGCUACGCGGCGGUACCAGGAGGUCUUCGGGCCCGAUGGAAACACCCCGCAGUUUGAGAACAUCACCAUCUACAAUUACUUUGUGUGGACCCACUACUAUUCGGUCAGCAAGACCUUCUUGGGGACUGGACAGCCGAGCUUUGGCGGAGUCGACUUCUCUCAUGAAGGUCCCGGUUUUGUGACCUGGCACAGGUUUCACCUGCUCCAACUUGAGCGCGACAUGCAGGUGAGAUGGGGUACCGGCAAUAUGUAACUGUAUACAUGUAAAAUAUUAACUGAAAUAGUACAUCAUAAUGCAAAUAACUUUUUUGUAGUGUGCCAACCACUGGUAUGGUUGAUUAUUAGAUUGAUAUCACAGUCUAAUAGGCCAUCAUCUAAUGCUAUUAUGGAUUUUCACCACCAGCCAAAUCCAUUUGAAUCUGUAUUUAUUGCCCAUCAAUAGUCAUUUCACUUUCCCUAUUGUUUGUUGGAAUUGGUGCCGCAUUAAGGGUGAGGAUAUCUUUCCAGAUGAAGCAAUUUCCUGCCAAAAUCAAGCAAGCUUAGCAGAAAAUGUGCUUAGGCGUUACUAGUCUGAGCCUAGAUUUCCCUUCUAAUAGGGCACAACAGAGCAUCUGUUGCCCAAGUUAUUUAUUGAAUUAGUCCUUGGUGCAUUACUGACAAAGACUGUUUAUUGUUUUUAAGGAUCAUUAUCUUAUUCAUUAUCUUGGCAUAACCAUAUAUUAGGCUUUAGCAAUAAAGGCAAAUCAUUGUUUCAUACAACUAAAUAAAUAAAAUCAGUUGCAACUAAAUAUUGAGAUUGUUUGAUCAAUGGGAUGGAAAUAAUGCAGGCGCUACUCCUCUAUGCCCAUUUGUAACUGUUUUAAUUGCAGUUUAAGGGGUUUCUAAUUGCACAAUACGAUUAUUAUAUCGUAUAUUAAUUCUUUCUUACCCUACUUUCAAUUUAGGAUAUGCUGCAAGACCCGUCCUUUGCCCUGCCCUACUGGAACUUUGCCAUUGGUGGAAGCACCUGUGACAUCUGCACAGAUGACCUAUUGGGAGCGAGGAGCAACCUCGAUAUGAAUUCCAUCAGCACCAACUCCAUCUUCUCCAACUGGAGGGUGAUCUGUGAGAGUGUGGAGGACUAUGAUACACUGGGGACCAUCUGCAACAGUAAGCCUUUCGUAGUGCACUCAUAUCCUUCCAAGUUUUAAAGAGAACGCCCUAUAUGGUGGGUAGAAGUUGCCAGUAGGCACAGAUGUUAAAAUGUGUAAAAGUAACUGAGAUUAUAGAAACAUACUCAGCAAAGUUGACAAAUGACCAGAACAUCAAGGGACAUGUAGAGCCCCUUUGAGCAACUUCACCAUUCCAUAUUGUGAUACCUGCUGAUUAAUACAUUGCUUACGCCUGGUUCACUGUUAAUAAGUGCUGUUGCUGUUGGUGCAACACAUUGUCAGAACACUAGGGGAAGCAGUGAGCUUGUCAUCUGCCCAACAUUAGUCCUCAAGCACUAGCUCCAUCUCAAUUCAUCUUUCCUCGAUUCCUUGCAUCCUCUCUCCUCGUCACCUCAAAAACCCAUCAGAGAAUAAGGUUCAAAGUGGAGGGUCCUUCUCCUCCAAUAGGGUGAUUUCCAGAAGGAUGGAAGAAAGGAAGAAAGAAAAGAAAGAUCUAAAUAGUAUUUAAACAUGGCCCUGGUGUGUCCUUCAGCACUUCCCAACUUCCCACGCCUAUUUAUUAUUCCCUUUAGUAACCCAGGUUACUGAGACCCCUCUUAACCCUCUACUCUGUCUCCACCCAGACACUGAGACCACACCCAUCAGGAGGAACCCAGCUGGUAACGUGGCCCGCCCCAUGGUGCAGCGUCUCCCUGAGCCUCAGGACGUGGCAGACUGCCUGCAGGUGAACAGCUUUGACACCCCUCCCUACUACUCCACCUCUUCAGAGAGCUUCAGGAACACCAUCGAGGGUGAGUGGUUAUUGCUGGACUACACAAAUAGAUAUAGUCAUUCACAUUGAAACAAAAAGAUAUCACUACACUUCCUGUAGUGUACUGUACAUAUGCUCACACUGAACAUUGAGGUUUGUUGUGCAUGCUGACACUCACCCAGACGCACGCACACACACACACACUCACACACAACAGAGUGCAUUCUGUUCUGUCCCGAGCAGGGUGCGAACCAACAACCUUCUACACAUGAUAACACACGCAACUCAAAGCCAACUGUCUUAGCUGACAGAGCAAGAGACUAGUCACUCUGAGAGAUUUAGAUCUCAGGGAAGGUUUGACGUCACCCAUUUCACUGGUGUACUCCUGCCAACAUGCUACCGGCGAGUUUCACAUCCACUGCACACAGUUUCCUGUAUUUAAUCCACAAGCUACCUGUGGUGUGUGCACAGGAUAUAGCGCCCCCCAGGGAAACUACGACCCAGUGGUACGGAGCCUCCACAACCUGGCCCACCUGUUUCUGAACGGAACAGGCGGACAGACCCACCUCUCGCCCAACGACCCCAUCUUCGUGCUGCUCCACACUUUCACCGACGCCAUCUUUGACGAGUGGCUCAGGAGGCACGCCCCUGGUAACGGAUCCCAUCCUACUAUCAAUCUCAUGUUCAAUACCUGAUCUAUUGUCUUCAUGUAAUGUCUUUGUCUGUGCUUGCUUGUCUGAAGAUAUGAUGUUCUUCCAUCCUCUGUGUAUUUGUUGACUAUGCGGUACAGGCCACUUUUUAUCUUGUAUUUACUUCUAAAUUACAUGGUAAAAUGGUAAUUACACAACAAUUACAUGAUUACUAUGCACCAUUUGUUUAGCUCUGGCAGGCUUUUCUCUUUGUACGUCAGUGGCACAUGUUCAUAAGCUGACUCUUAACUGAUACAUUUUGCAGAUUUGGCAGUCUAUCCUUCAGAGAAUGCCCCCAUUGGUCACAACAGGGGGUACAACAUGGUUCCCUUUUGGCCUCCAGUGACCAACGCUGAGAUGUUUCUUACAGCCCCAGAGAACCUUGGCUACUCCUACGAGGCCGAAUGGCCAGGUGUGUAUAAUGUCAAUAUAAAUACAGGCUGAAUGGCCAGGUGUGUAUAAUGUCAAUAUAAAUACAGGCUGAAUGGCCAGGUGUGUAUAAUGUCAAUAUAAAUACAGGCUGAAUGGCCAGGUGUGUAUAAUGUCAAUAUAAAUACAGGCUGAAUGGCCAGGUGUGUAUAAUGUCAAUAUAAAUACAGGCUGAAUGGCCAGGUGUGUAUAAUGUCAAUAUAAAUACAUUAUGGAUAUUUGUCUUAUCUAUUAUAUACAGUCAGGUCCGGAAUAAUUGGAACCCUUGAUAAAGAUGAGCAAAAAAGACUGUAUAAAAUAAAUAAUACAAAUACUGAGCUAUAUUGAAUGGGGAAAAAAAGGGAAAUUAUAUAUUUUAUACUAAUACAGUUAGAAAGAGAUUUUGUUUAGAAAGUAAUAGAUCCACCACCAUAUUUUAAAGUAGGUAUGUGGUUCUUUUCUACUUAUGCAUCCUUAUUUCGAUGCCAAAUCCACCACUGGUGUGCCUGGCCAAAUAGCUUUAUUUUAAUGUCAUUCAACAAAUGUAAAUGCCUGGAGUUUGCUAAACGGCAUUGGCACUUGGGUUGGGACCGGUCUUAUCGUCAGAUGACAUGCAAAUCGAGCUCUUUAGGUACGCACACCAGUGGUGGGUUUGGCUUGUCAAAUAUGAUGGUGGAUCUUUGAUGUUAUGGGGCUAUUUUGUUUCCACUGGUGCUGGAGUCCUUGUUAAGGUCAACGGCAUCAUGAACUUUACCCAGUACCAGGACAUUUUAGCCAAAAAACCGCGUUACCUCUGCCAGGAGGCUGAAACUUGGCCGGAAGUAGAUAUUCCAGCAAGACGAUAACUCCAAGCACACACCAAAAAUCCACAAAUAAAUGGUUAAUUGACCACAACAUCUACAUUUUGCAAUAGCCAUCUGUCUCCGGACAUAAAACCCAUUGAAAACCUGUGGUUUGAAUUGAAGAGGGCAGUCCAUAAGUGCAGACGAAGGAUAUCAAUGAUCUGGAAAGAUUUUGUAUGUAGGAAUGGUCUAAGAACCUUCCCAAAUGUGUUCUCCAAUCUCAGAAAACAUUUUAGGAAAAGGCUCAGUGCGUUACCCUCACAAGGUGAGGUAUUUAAAGGUAUUGAAAACAAGGUGCCAAUACUUUUGAUCGUAAUUUUUUGGGGGGGAUAAUAUGACUUGUUAAACAAAAUCUCUUUAUCUGAACAAUUGUAUUAGUAUAAAAUAAUAUAAUUGUCCCAUUGUUUUGUAGCUCAGUUUUUAUUUUAUACAGUAUUUUCUGCUCAUAUUUAUCAAGGGUGCCAAUAAUUAUGGACUUUAUAUGCAAAGUGGUCUGCUUGUUAUGCUUACAGUUUCUUCAAAUUAGCUAUUUUGGUAAGAGUCCUUCUGUCUGUCUGUCCAUCUGUCUCUUUGCGAGUUUCACAUUCCAUACAAUGACGAAUAUAACUGUUAUAAAUCUUGUCUCGUCUCUAUAGCUGCUCCUUUAACUUUGACCGAGAUCAUCACCAUUGCCAUCGUUUCGGCCCUGGUCGUCGUGGCUGUAAUCUUUGCUGCCACCACAUGUGCGGUGCGCUCCCACUCUUACAGCAAACUGGAGGGCCGCCAGCCCCUGCUGGGAGAACAGUACCAACGCUACGACGACGAAAAAGGCCAAUCCGUGGUCUGAGCUGUAUGUGAAACUGCAGGGUUAUGUUCGUUAGGGCACGCUUUUUGCAACAAAAUCUCUGCAACAUAAAAUGAGCCCAUCCCUGUUUCUGUCAAUUUUCUUCCAUUUGGUGCCUAAU